CCUUCUCUUUUGGGAAUGCUUCGUGAUUUUUUAAUUGGUUGGAUUUUAAUCGGAUUCUCGUGGUCGUUUUAUCUGCCAGGUCUUGCGCCUGUUAAUUAUUGUGAAAAGAAUCAAGAAAAGCCAUCUUGUUUAAGCAAUGUAGUAUUGUAUGUUAAUCGUUUGGAUAGCGAUCAAAGUGUUAUUCCGUAUGAAUAUCAUAAGUUCGACUUUUGCAUUGGGAGUGAAGAUGAAUCACCCGUCGAAAAUCUUGGACAAGUAUUGUUCGGUGAACGUAUUAGGCCAAGUCCUUACCAGAUCAAUUUUAAAGAAUCGAAGUAUUGUGCAUUUCUUUGUGAGAAAAGCUAUGAGAAGAAUGAUGUAAAAGAUGCAGAAAAUAUUCGACAAUUACAGAAGGGAAUGAAAUUGAAUUAUCAGCAUCAUUGGAUCAUCGAUAAUAUGCCAGUUACAUUUUGUUUCACGAAUCAACAAAAUUUGAAUGUUUGCACGACUGGCUUUCCAAUGGGUUGUUAUGUGACAUUAGAUGGGAAACCAAAAGAUGCGUGUGUAUUGGAUCCAGAUUAUAGAGAUCCUGAUAAUUACUAUCUUUUUAAUCAUGUUGAUAUCCUUAUUGAAUACCGUGACAUGACCGAAGAUCCAAAUUUUCUUGAGGAGCACCUCGGUGGAAGAAUUAUUAAAAUUUUUGUUCAGCCGAGAAGCAUUAAACAUGAAUCACAAAAUAAUAUGAAUUGUGAUACCGGUAAUACUCCUCUUUCAUUUUCGACGCAUGUUCCACCGACGAAAAUCAUAUAUUCCUAUUCUGUCAGUUGGCGGAAAACGAAUAUAAAAUGGUCUUCUCGUUGGGAUUAUAUUUUAGAUUCUAUGCCACAUACAAAUAUUCAGUGGUUCUCCAUUAUGAAUUCGCUUGUAAUUGUACUUUUCCUGUCAGGUCUGGUCGGUAUGAUUCUUCUUCGUACACUUCAUCGUGAUAUUGCUCGUUAUAAUCAAUUAGAUAAUGAAGAAGAUGCUCAAGAAGAAUUCGGUUGGAAACUUGUUCAUGGAGACGUUUUCCGACCUCCUCGUUAUGCUUUAUUUUUGUCGGUCUUUGUUGGAAGUGGUUGUCAGAUUUUGGCUAUGGUAGCCAUCACACUUGUGUUUGCCUGCCUCGGCUUUUUAUCUCCGGCAAACCGUGGCUCUUUGAUGACGUUUGCGCUUGUUUUUUAUGUGCUGUUCGGGAUUAUAGCGGGUUACGUUUCGGCACGCAUAUACAAAACAUUGAACGGCUUGGCAUGGAAAAUAAAUGUUUUGUUGACCAGCUUUUUGGUUCCAGGAAUAAUUUUCGCUGUAUUUUUUGUUUCAAACUUGAUGCUUUGGGCAAAAGGAUCAUCAGCAGCUGUGCCAUUUGGGACUUUAAUUGCCCUUCUUUCGUUAUGGUUAUUUGUAUCAAUACCCCUUACGUUUAUCGGUUCUUAUUUCGGAUUCAAAAAACGACCAAUACAACAUCCUGUUCGUACAAACCAAAUACCUCGACAAGUUCCUGAACAAAGCUUGUAUACGAAACCUAUCCCUGGAAUGCUAAUGGGUGGAAUUUUGCCAUUCGGAUGCAUUUUUAUUCAGCUUUUCUUUAUUCUCAACAGUAUUUGGGCUCACCAGACUUAUUAUAUGUUUGGUUUCUUGUUCAUCGUAUUUCUUAUAUUAAUUAUCACCUGUAGCGAAGCAACUAUUCUACUUUGCUAUUUCCAUUUAUGUGCAGAGGAUUAUCACUGGUGGUGGCGUUCUUUUCUUACAUCUGGCUUCACGGCAUUUUAUCUUUUUGCCUAUUGUGUCCAUUACUUUACAUCAAAACUUACAAUAACGGGGACGAUUUCUACUAUUUUAUAUUUUUGUUAUACGUCAAUCUUUGUCUUUAUGUUCUUCCUCGCUGCAGGUGCAAUUGGAUUUUUGUCAACUUUCUACUUUGUGGAAAAAAUAUAUGGAUCGGUCAAGGUGGAUUGA